AUGGCACGGCCCAACAGGGAGAUUCUUACCGGGGGUAAGAAGUAUGCUCAGAAGAGGAAACAGGCCAACCGCGUGGAGGAGGUCGUGUUUGACAAAGACUCGAGGGUGCAGUACUUGACCGGAUUCCACAAGAGAAAGCUCCAGAGGAAAAAGAAAGCCCAGGAAUAUAAUCAGGAGCAGGAGCGUAAAGCACGGCUCGAGGAGCGACAACGGAUCCGUGAGGAGCGCAGGCAACAGGUCCAGAAACGGCUGCAGGAGCUGAAUGAGGCGCUGAAGAUCCAGGGGUCUGAGGACGAGGAGAGCGAGGAGAGCGAACAGGAGGAGGACAAGGAGGAACAAUGGACAGGUUUUGACUCGCAGCGGUCAGAGUCCGACGAAGAGAGCAACGCCGAGGGUGGCAAAAAGGGAAUACUAAAGCAAAAGUACGAGAUCGACGACGCAGACGCCCCUAUUCCUGGCGUGUCUACCGUGGAGGUGGAGGCCAUAGAGAACCCUAACCAGAUCGAUCUGAUGGAGCUGGCGCGAAAAAACCGUGUUGAUCUGCAGAAGGCCGAGGAGGUGCUCGAACAGUCGAUCGAGCGGGCCAAAAAGUACGCUCGUUUGGUGGGGGCCGACGAGAAGCCCAAGAAGAAGAAAAAGAAGUUCAGAUACCUGAGCAAGGUGGAGAGAAGGAUCCAAAACCUCAAAGAGCGCAGAAAGUAG